AUGAGAGUAAUUCAUGCACGUCGAUCGACGAACGUGCGUGAACCAAUUCCUCUUGCAAACUCCGUUUCAAUUCAACCUACUGUUAAAAAGAGAAAGGUUCAAAAUCAAGAAUUAUUUUUACAGCAACCAAUUGAUUUUCUCUCAAUGGGAAUAAACAAUUUUCCAGAAACACCAGUUAACGACGAAGAUUCCGAUUAUACUACUCCUCUUUCAACAAUCUUUGGACCAAAAAUUUUCAAGCCAAUUACACCAAUACAAAAUAAUGGGUUGGAAGAAUUGAAAGAACUUUUAGAUGACCAAUCCUCUAAGAAAAAUAACAAUAAGCAAAUUUUUAGAUUAACAAUGGGAAUUGAAAAAGAACCCAUAUUUAAAGUAACUCCUGAAAUAUCCCUUCAAAAGAUUACAGUUGAAAGAGUAUUGCAGCAUGCUGAUAAAGCCAAUUCCGUUAAUGAAAUGAGAAAACAGCCGUUUGCACGACAUUUCCCUGCCAGUCUAUUACAAGGCCCAAAUAUAAUUAGAAAGUCACAACUAGCUAUUAAGAACAGAGCGCAUUUAACAUUUGAAUGA